AUGGAAAUGCAGGAUCUAGCCAGCCCACAUAGCCGACUCAGUGGUAGUAGUGAAUCACCCAGUGGUCCAAAACUUGAUAACUCUCAUAUAAAUAAUAAUUCCAUGACACCCAAUGGCACAGAAGUUAAAACAGAACCAAUGAGCAGCAGUGAGAUUGCUACUACUACUACCACAGACGGGUCUUUAGACAAUUUCUCAGGAUCAGCAAUUGGAAGCAGUGGUUUCAGCCCAAGACAAACACACCAGUUCUCCCCACCACAGAUUUACCCUUCCAACAGACCAUACCCACAUAUUCUUCCUACCCCCUCUUCACAAACGAUGGCUGCAUAUGGGCAGACACAGUUUACAACCGGGAUGCAACAAGCUACAGCUUAUGCCACCUACCCGCAGCCUGGCCAACCCUAUGGAAUCCCUUCGUAUGGCAUCAAGACAGAAGGUGGAUUGGCACAGUCACAGUCACCUGGACAGACAGGAUUUCUAAGCUACGGUGCCAGCUUUAGCACACCUCAACCUGGACAGGCUCCCUAUAGCUACCAGAUGCAAGGCAGCAGUUUUACAACAUCAUCAGGAAUAUAUGCAGGAAAUAAUUCACUCACAAAUUCUACUGGAUUUAAUAGUUCACAGCAGGAAUAUCCCUCUUAUCCCAGUUUUGGCCAGGGCCAAUAUGCACAGUAUUAUAAUAGCUCACCGUAUCCUUCACAUUACAUGACAAACAGCAACACCAGCCCAACGACACCCUCCACAAAUGCAACAUACCAGCUUCAAGAACCACCAUCUGGCAUCACCAGUCAAGUGGUUACAGAUCCUGCAGCAGAAUACAGUACAAUCCACAGUCCAUCAACACCCAUUAAAGAUUCAGAUUCAGAUAGAUUGCGUCGUAGUUCAGAUGGGAAAUCACGUGGACGUGGCAGAAGAAACAAUAAUCCUUCACCACCACCUGACUCUGACCUAGAGAGAGUAUUCAUUUGGGAUUUGGAUGAGACAAUCAUCAUUUUCCAUUCCUUGCUUACAGGGUCCUAUGCUAACAGAUAUGGAAGGGAUCCACCGACCUCUGUGUCUCUUGGACUCCGAAUGGAAGAGAUGAUUUUCAAUUUGGCGGACACACAUCUAUUCUUUAACGAUUUAGAAGAAUGUGACCAGGUUCACAUUGACGAUGUGUCUUCAGACGACAACGGUCAAGAUUUAAGCACCUAUAACUUUGGAACAGACGGCUUUCCUGCGGCUGCCACUAGUGCGAAUCUGUGCCUCGCGACAGGGGUGCGCGGAGGAGUGGACUGGAUGCGAAAAUUGGCUUUCCGCUACAGACGAGUAAAAGAAAUAUAUAAUACCUACAAAAAUAAUGUUGGAGGUCUUCUUGGUCCAGCAAAAAGAGAGGCUUGGUUACAGCUAAGAGCAGAAAUUGAAGCUUUGACAGAUUCUUGGUUAACACUUGCACUGAAAGCACUCACCCUUAUUCAUUCGAGGACAAAUUGUGUGAACAUUCUCGUAACAACUACUCAGCUAAUUCCAGCUCUGGCAAAAGUCUUGUUGUAUGGACUAGGGGUUGUAUUUCCCAUAGAGAAUAUUUACAGUGCAACUAAAAUAGGAAAGGAAAGUUGUUUUGAGCGAAUAAUUCAAAGAUUUGGAAGAAAAGUAGUGUAUGUUGUUAUAGGGGAUGGUGUCGAAGAAGAACAAGGUGCAAAAAAGCAUGCUAUGCCAUUUUGGAGGAUCUCGAGCCACUCUGACCUUAUGGCCCUUCACCAUGCCUUGGAACUGGAGUACUUGUAGCAGCUCAGCAGCACUUUGAAACCCCAGAGCCUCCUUCUGCCCAUGGACGGGAUGCCUGUGUCUCGUGUCAGCAUUGGACUACAGAACUUUGUGAUUUCAACAUGUUGACAUACAGCUGCAAUUGGUCUUAACCCUUGCCCUUUCAGUAAAUGGAGGAGCAUGUCUUUUUCUUCAGAACAGCUGUUGACUCUGGGUACUGUGAGUCCAAUGAAAAUAAGCCAUGCAAAUGUUUGAACAACCCAUCCUUACCGUAUUUGCUACCAAAAAGAAACAGAGAAGGAAAAAGAAAAGGUUCAUACCUGUGAAGAAAAAAAAAAAGGACCUUCAAAUGCUUUGUAGUUUUUAGACUCUUCAAUGUGACACACACCAUUUCUUCAACACAGCAAACUUGAUUGCACAAUGAAGACUGAGAUUUUUCAAAAUACCAGUGGAGUAAUUUUCUUGUAAAGAAGGUUUACUUUUUGGUUUCUCAUACCCAGGGUACUCUGUACAUCUUUACUUAUUUAUGAAGAGACUAUAUUUUGACAUCAUAUAACUGAGGAUUAUGUAUAAUAAGAUUAAAGGCUAUUAUAAGCCUUUACCU